AUGCUUUUCAGAAAUAACGCCGGCCUUCUUCCUUCAUUCCCUUUCAAACUUCCCGCCCAUACCAUCAACCCAAUCAGCACCCCUGGUGCCCAGGCUAUAUCCUUCUUAUCAAUGAGCAACGACGGAGGUAUUGAUAAUGGGGAUGCGAAGCCGCAGUCAGCUUCCGCAUCGAUUGUCGCACAAGCUCUGGAGUUUGCCAGAGACUCGCCCGAGGGAGCCCAAGACCCAACUGUCGUAACCGUUCUCGGGACGGCGCUGACGGAAAUCUGGAGGAAGAUUGAAGCCCAACCCGCAUCCUAUGUGAUGACCAGGGACGAAUUUGCUGUCUUCAACUACUUCCAAGACCUCUUCAUUGGAGACCAACUUGCUAUUGCCGCGAAAAGAAGAUACUGGGAUCACCUACAACAACUGUCUAACGGGGCAUAG